UUCACCAUCCGUCACUGCCUACGUCCAGAAAUCAACUCGUACCACGGGAGAGCCCAAGGCAAGGCAGGGCAAGCAGCAGUCGUGCCGGACGCACACGAAGGGGUUCUGCCAAAGGGAGUUGCGCGAGGCCAGCUUCCUUUGCCAUGUCCGAACUGUCUGCCUUUGUCAAUCAGCAGGUACUUGCUGUGACACAGGAUGGUCGGGUGAUCACGGGCACUCUCGCAGGGUCUGACAACCUGGGCAGCGUCAUUCUGGCCGGCUGCGUGGAGCGCGUAUACAGCACCGAUGCGGGCGUAGAAGAGGUCCCCCUCGGCCUCUACAUCAUUCGUGGAGAUAGCUUAUCCCUCAUUGGUCAACUGGACGUUGAAAAGGACAAGGCUACGGACCUGGCGUCAAUACGAGUCGAGCCGAUACCGGAGACUCGCCACAUCUAAGCGAGACAGAAGGGAGGGAGUGCCUAGCAUUAGAGGAAAAAAGGGGGGGGGGGGCAAGGAGGAAG